AUGUCUCGUAUAUCACCACCACCUCCACCGUCAUCAACAGGUCCACCACCACUAUUCAUCCAUCAGCCAUCGAUGUCAAAACAAUCACCAUUAUUAACAUCAAUAGGGAAUAAAGAUCCAACUGCUCCAGUUAAGAAGACGACGAUCAUGAUGGAGGGAGACAGGAUCAGAGUAGGUGAAGAAUGUCGGGGCGAUCGGAAUGAUUGGUCGGCCGGUGAUAUUGCCAAUACGAGUAGCUGCCUCUGCCACCGCGAGAAUCUCAUUAUCCGUCGUCGUCCCCGAUCGGUGAUGCAUCGUUUUCAUCCACAAAAGAGAUACAGUGUUUUGCAGCAGGCAGCGAAUAAGGAUGAUACGAUUCUAACAGUUGUUGCCAUACAUGCUUCAGAAAUUUGUACCCACUGCAUUAAGCUACUUGUACAAUUGGAAAGCACGCUUUAUAACUGCUGUUACGUUGUAAAAUAG